AUGUUUGAUAAUGUUUUCGUUAUAAAUAUUUGCUCUGUCCCUGUGCCAAAUGGGCCAAAUUUUGUACGAAGGCCUUCAGUACUUGUCGAUAAUUGCCAAGAUCGUGAUCCGCCGGCAUGCUUUGAAGCUCGAAAAUGCGGAUAUAGCAUUCGAGACAAAUGUCAGAUGGAACCAUAUAAAAUAUUAGCACGGCAACUAUGUCCGCGAACGUGUGCGACAUGUUGUUUGACUAAAGAAUAUAACUGUGAUAAUGGGACGACCUUGCCAUCUGCAGCAGCAACUUGCAGAGACGAAAGGCAAAACUGUGCCGCAAUCAGAGCCACAAAUAGCUGUGGCGGUGUGUUUCGAACGACAAUGAUGCAACAAUGCGCAAGAACUUGCGGUUAUUGCUCGUAG